GAGUAAAAUCUGGAUCAGUUGGUGAAACGUGAAUCAUAUUGCAGUUGGAGGAGACCGUUUUAAUCUCCCCUCGCUCUCUCUUCCCUGAAAGGAUUCCACCGCAAUGGCGACUUCAGAUUCGAGCUCUUCUCCUUCUUCUUCCGGCACCGAUUUCGCCGAUCCGAACCCUAGCACCGAUCCCGAUACGAGCUCGGAUCGUGUUCAAAGUCUAUUGGAGUCGCUGAAUUUGUCUCAGCCAAGCGAAGUCUCUGACGGAAGCCACACCGAUUUUACCGGCGAUGAUGAGGAAGAGGAGGAGGAGGAGGAGGAGGUUGUACCGGCCAACGGUUCAGGUUUGGCGGGAGUUAGCGGAGGAGAGGCGGCGGAGCAUCCGGUUGAAAUGGAGGCGGGGGAGGAGCCUCCGAGCCCGACGAGCAGCGGUUACGAUGGGGAGAGAGGGAGCAGCGGCGGAGGUGCCUCUACUUUCAAAGCUGACAAUGCAAGCGAGGGUGGUGAGAUUCGGGAAGCCAAUGCGGAUGGUGAGCAGCAUGAAGCCGCGUGGUUGCCUGGAAAACGCCACGUCGACGAGGACGAUGGUUCUAUGUCAUGGAGAAAGAGGAAGAAACAUUUCUUCAUUUUGAGUCACUCCGGCAAACCCAUUUAUUCCAGAUAUGGAGAUGAACAUAAGCUUGCUGGUUUUUCAGCUACUCUUCAAGCUAUUAUUUCUUUUGUUGAGAAUGGGUACAAUUAUUGUUAUUUGUUUCCCUUCUACGGUUAUAUUUUUUUUUUCCUUGUGGUUUCAUGCCUAACCUAUUAUUGUUUCUUCAGUGGCGACCGUGUCAAUUUAGUCAAGGCAGGAAAACACCAGGUUGUCUUUCUGGUGAAGGGGCCAAUAUACCUGGUCUGCAUCAGCUGUACAGAUGAAACAUAUGAAUACUUAAGGGGGCAGCUGGAUCUUCUAUAUGGUCAGAUGAUACUCAUUUUAACAAAUUCAAUAGACAGAUGUUUUGAGAAGAAUGCAAAUUUCGACAUGGCGCCCUUGCUUAAUGGGACAGAUGCUGUCUUCUCAUCUCUUGUCCAUUCGUUUAGCUGGAAUCCAGCUACGUUUCUUCAUGCAUACACUUGUCUUCCCCUUCCGUAUGCGUUAAGGCAAGCUACAGGGACAAUAUUGCAAGAUGUUUGCGCGUCUGGUGUAUUGUUCGCACUACUAAUGUGCAGACACAAGGUUAUCAGUCUUGCUGGUGCACAGAAAGCUUCUCUUCAUCCCGAUGACUUGCUUCUACUCUCAAACUUCGUCAUGUCAUCAGAAUCAUUCAGGACAUCAGAAUCUUUCUCGCCAAUCUGCCUACCAAGAUACAACCCUCAUGCCUUUUUGCAUGCCUAUGUGCACUUCUUCGACGAUGAUACAUAUGUAAUUUUGCUUACCACACGUUCAGAGGCCUUCCAUCAUCUCAAAGAUUGCAGGAUUCGCAUUGAGGAUGUUCUUCUUAAGUCAAAUAUUCUAAGCACGGUUAAAAGAUCAAUCGCGGAAGGUGGACUGAGGGUUGAGGAUUUGCCAAUAGACCGUCUUCUUCGACAGAAACAGUCUUCUACUUGUAACCAAAGACAAGAUACAGAUGCAUCCGUGGGAACAGGAGGUCCCUUUGGACUUUGGCAUUUCAUGUACCGCAGUAUAUAUUUAGAUCAGUACGUUUCAUCCGAGUUCUCACCUCCAGUAACUAGCCACAGACAACAGAAAAGUCUAUAUCGAGCAUACCAGAAACUCUAUGCUUCAAUGCAUGAAAAGGGAUUGGGACCCCAUAAAACUCAAUAUAGACGAGAUGAGAAUUACACUCUUCUAUGUUGGGUCACACCAGAUUUUGAACUCUAUGCAGCAUUUGACCCACUUGCAGACAAGGCGAUGGCGAUAAAGAUAUGCAAUCAGGUUUGCCAGAGGGUAAAAGAUGUGGAAAAUGAAGUGUUCUUGCAAGGAGCUAGCCCUUUCUCUUGGUGAUAUUUACUUCAGAUCUUUCUACUAUUUUGACACAUAUUUACCAGAUCUUGUACUAGCGUAUCACUUUUCUUUGUUUCUUAAAUAAGUAAUUUAAGUUUAUCGGUGUGUUGUACCCUAUUGCCUUUUGAGAAAGCUAUUUAAAGGUUUAAUGCUU